GCUCUCAGUUUUAUUUUGAGAUCAAAUGCCAGUUAUAGUCGAACCAUAAUUGAGACAUAACAAUAUAUGGGAGAACUCUGAAUAUGCAGCUCUUCUAAAAAUUUUCUGAAAUUGAAGAAACCGUUAACGCAAUUACUAUGAGGAGUAGGAGGAUAACGCCAAGAACGCCAUAUUGUAUAACGCCUGAGAAGCGUUAGAGCCCGAAAAGUUUUCUAACGACGCUACAAUGCAUUAAAAUUUUAUAUACAUUAUGGACGGUUAUAAAAAUAACGCAUUCGAACGUCUUUAGUUCACAUGGGUAACUCCAGAGAACGCAUUAAAAAUCUCAAAGCCUUCGGAAGCCUUAAAAUGUGUCAAAAGAAGGUUUUUAACGCCUUAAAGACGAAAAAAAAAAAUUUAAUGCAUGCAAAAGACCUGCGAGGGUCCAAAAUUUCUUCCUGGGUCUAGACUAAAGUCAAGGGAAAAAAUUGACCAGGAGCAAGUUUUAUAACAAACCUGAGUCAUAAAAGACAGGAUUUUUUUGAUUUAAGCUUUUUUAUAAAACUGACUCCAGGCCCGUAGCCAAGGGGAGCGGGUUGCCCGGGCAGACCCCAUAAGUAAAAGUUGCUAUUUAACUGCCAUGAAAACAAUCACAUUUGAUUUCUAAAAGAAAUCACUGACGAGAUAAGGUUCGAGCUUUCAUCUCUUUUCAAAAGACAUUAUUAGGACUGACAGGUAAAAAGGUACAGAAAAAGCUACUUCGAUUGCUUAAAUGAGUUGUGGCAAGAGAUAUCUACAUCUUUUUCGCGCGCUUCAUUGACGCAAACCGGUGUGAAGAUCCUUUUGCAUCAGAAGUUAGUUUUCUGGACCGGUCGCUGUCGCGCAGAUGACUAUAUUGGAAUCAGAACCGGUACAACCAAAAAACAAGAUACAAGAAAACCGGUAUAUCGAUUUACAUCUAUAGUGCAUCACCCUUGCGCCAGUGGACCGACUAACACAACAUAUAGCUUUCUUAGCCAGCAGAUGGAGUCGAUUACGAGAUAUGAGGUAUCGCGCGAUGAGCUAAGAUUUUCAGUAAUUAUAAUUUUAACGAGACUUAUAUUUGUCUUCUUUAUUCUGUUAAAAAAAACCAUUUUGAGACGCUUUCUUGAAAGACGACGCGCGUGGAGUCUCUUUGGACGCUGUUAUGGCGACCAAUCAUAAAAAAAUGCUACUCACAAAAUUUAUGAAAACAGGCCAUUAUCAGGCCGUCUCCAUAGGAAAACCAAUUUGCGUAAAAGUACUUUGAACCGCGACGUCAUGAUUUUAUUAUAAUAAACUUCUGUUAUAAAACGCUUAUUACAAGGAUAGCGGCUCUCCACAUCCAUUUUGAGAAAACAAACAAUGGCUAUUGACUAGCUAAGAAAUCUCUUAAGGAAGCGAUUUUAUUUCACUCAGACCACUGACUACUUAGCAAAAUCCUGGCUACGGGCCAUCUAUGACUCAUUUUUGCGUUACAAGCAAAAGAUUUCAUAGAUUUUCGUUUACUUAUUUUUUUGUUCUAGUGUAAUAAACUAGAAGCGAUGAUACGAUAUUCACAAACUCAAAAUAAUCUCGAAGUUCUGUGUGGCUUUGGAAAAUAUAUCUACGACGAAGCAAAAAUGGGUGAGAGUGGUGAUGAACAGUUUUCUGUCGGCGAACAAAGUGAUGACAUACGUAAAGCAUUCUGGAGAGGUGAUUUUAAAGAAUGUCCUAUGUGUCAAAGUCCAAAUAUUGCUCAACAUUUUUGGUCAUGUGGAUGCAGACGCAAUGGAGAUAGUUGGGGAACAAUUGUAUAUCAAUGUCUCGGGGAAGAAACUCUAGAUAAUGUCAAAGAUUUGGAAUGGAUUAAGAUCACGAGAAGACUGGAGGGUAGACAUGGAUGCGGGUUUUAUACAUCAUUUCACUACAAUGAAGCAUAUGAUGGUGACGAUCGGAUUGAAACUCAUGGCUGGACGAAGUAA